CUUGCCAUGCAUGUUGUUGUUGAUUCUUAAAGAUCCUUGUUGUUGUGGUGAGGCUGCUGUGUCCUGGUGACCCUUGCACACUGUGCAAAUGUCUUGUGCAAGCCAUCCAUAACAGGGACGUGGAAUGAAUGAAACGCACAGAACGCAAGUGGGAUAUACCAAGGACGGAGCCUGCUCUGCUGUAUCACUGGAUGGGCACCAGAAUGAUUGGUUGAAUACCAAGGGGCGUGGCCCCAGUGGCAACGUGGGCGACCACAUCAGAAGAAGGAAUGAGGAGCUCCAGUUCUGGAUCAGCUCAAGCCAGGUGACCCAGGCUGACGAGGGGGGCCUGGCACCCAGCUGGCCCCAGAGAAGGUCCUUGGUCUCCUGGUCAAAGAGCGGAAGGGGGCGCCAGCCAAGCUGGCCGUUGCCAUCUCCCUCCUCCCUGACCGCCAUGCCUAGGCAACUGUGUUUCCUGGAGCGAUCAAAGUCAAUCUGCCAUCUGAGAGAUCCUUUAGGAACAUGCCAUGGGGGGGGUUUGGGGGUAGAGUGGGAGAGAGAAGCAGACUGGAUCAAACUCAGCGCCACAGAAGAGGAGCUGUACAGUUGGAUCAUGCAAAAUAAAAGAGAAGCGAUUGUCGCUAAACCUCAGCAUACACUUCCAAUGAUUCUCUAUGCUGAUGACUGCACCGUUCUGCCACAGAAACUUGAUAACGCAUAUUACCCUGGAGGGGAUGAGGAUUCUACCAAUGGAAAUGUUGGCUACCACACGUCUCAUGCCAGUGAUGUCUGCUGUGGAUUGGAGAACUUAAACUCGAAAUGGUGCAGAGUUCUUUCAUUGGACAGUCCUGAUGAAGGACGGUGGGAGGAGAACUUGUCAGGGAACAGAAACACAGCGACAAGUCCCACUCUUCAGGACCCUGUGGGAGACCAGAGGCCAGUGAGGCGCGUGUCCUUCUGUGAUGAGGUCCUUGUCUAUCUGUUUGAUCAAGAAAGCCCCACCAGGCCACAGCCAAGCCUGUCCUCAGUGUCCUACGAUGAGUACCCCUCCACACCAAGCAGCUAUCCUAACAACCAUCAGGACUUGGCCUUGGACCAUGGCUUUGAAUGGGAGGAUGAUUUUACCGCCCUGGACUGGGCGACUCCCACCAAGACAAACUGCCCCCCGGGGAGGGAACACUCGGAUCCCAGUCCCCAGCGCUUCCACACACUGCCUCAGCAGCGGACCCCGUGGAGAUACCAGCUCCCCAAGACCUGCCUGGUCCUCACCCACGUCCCCGAAUCAGACCUGGAGGACCUGGGGCUGUAGUGUAGGGGGGCACACACACACACACACACACACACACACACACACACACACACACACACACACACACACACACACACACACACACACACACACACACACACACACACACACACACACACACGCGCACAAACACACACAAACGCACGCACACAAACACACAC